AUGGCUAACCGAGAAGGUUGGAGCAUGCAUCAGCUAGACGUCAAAUCUGCAUUUCUAAAUGGAUUUCUUGAGGAAGAUGUUUAUGUUCUGCAGCCUCAGGGAUUCAAGAAGGAGAAGCAUGAGCACAAGGUGUAUAAACUCAAGAAGGCCUUAUAUGGCCUAAAACAAGCUCCAAGAGCUUGGAAUAAGAGAAUAGAUGAAUUCUUGUGUCAAGUGGAGUUUCUAAAGUGUGUAUCUGAGUUUGGAGUUUAUAUUAAGACUGUGAUACAUAACAAGCUAGAAGAAAAACUGAUAAUCUGCUUGUAUAUGGAUGACUUACUCGUGACAGGAAGCAGUGAGGAAUUGAUAAAUGAGUUUAAAUCUCAGAUGUUAUCUGAGUUUGAAAUGAGCGACCUUGAAAGAUUGAGUUACUUCUUGGGUAUUGAGUUUGUACAAACCAAGUCUGGAAUCGUUAUGCAUCAGACCAAAUAUGCAUCUGAUUUGCUCAAGAGAUUCAACAUGCUGCAGAGCAAUCCUGCAGGUACACCAUCAGCAGUUGGUCUGCAUCUUGAGCAAAAUGCUGCUGAAGAACCUGUUGAUCCAGCAGUCUAUAGAAAGAUGGUUGGAAGCUUGAGAUAUUUGUGUCAUACCAGGCCUGACUUGAAUCACAGUGUUGGGUUAAUAAGUAGGUUCAUGCAAGAACCCAAGCAAUCACAUAUGACUGCUGCAAAAAGGAUCUUGAGGUAUUUACGUGGAACGACUGAGUUUGGAAUUCUGUUUUCCAGGAACACUAACCAUGAGGAUAUGAAGCUAAUUGGUUUCUCGGACUCAGAUUGGUGUGGUGAUAAAGGUGAUAGAAAAAGCACAGCUGGUUACAUUUUCUUUAUUGAAGGAGCUCCAAUCAGCUGGAGUUCUAAAAAAGAGCCUGUAGUUGCUCUUUCAUCUUCCGAAGCGGAAUAUAUUGCUGCUGCUGAAGCAGCAUGUCAAGCAGCAUGGUUGGAGAAGUUGAUGAAUGAAUUGAAGAUUAAAUUGAAGUCAAAGACAACACUUAUGGUAGACAACAAAUCUGCCAUUGAUUUGGCUAAGAAUCCAAUCUGUCACGGUAAAAGCAAGCAUAUUAAAACUCGGUUUCAUUUCUUGCGUGAUCAAGUUAAUCAAGGAAAGCUGAAUGUUGAUUUUUGCAAGUUAGAAUUUCAGCUUGCAGAUAUCUUUACGAAAGCUUUGAAAUAUGAAAGGUUUAAGUGCCUGAGAGAAUCUAUUGGAGUUGUUUGUAUGAAAAUGUUUUUGGCUUAG